UCUUAUCAUGACCUUCGAAGAUGCUGUUCUUGGUGAAAACGGCAGUGUCUUUGAGCUUAUGGUAGCAUCCACUCAACAGUAGUUUGCCUUCUUGAAAAGGCUAAAGAAAAUUACCUGUUUGGAGUCAACAGUCUAAAACAAAGUCAAGCCAGGAGUGAGCUUCUGCUUCCUCUACUUAUUUCACUAGUCCCAUUCUCUACUACUCUUUUCUUCUCUUUCUCUGUAGCAGAAUUUGAUUUGUGACAGGAAAGCAUGGAAGACUUGACGGAGACGUGGCCGGUGGGACUCAGAUUCAAGCCGAGGGAGGACCAACUUGUUGAUCAGCACUUCCGAAGAAAGCUAAGAGGAGAAACGGAAACUAUCUGCUUAAUACCAGAGCUAUAUAUCUACAAGUGGGAGCCUCCGGAUCUAUUUGCCAGAUACAAUGCCCUGUCAAGGAUACCGUCGGAUGAACACGAGUGUUUCUUCUUCUGCCUCAGGGAUAAUAAGAUCCCGAAUAGCCUUCGUACGGAGUUUGGAUUUUGGAAAGAUACAAGUAAGAAACGUGUAGUACGAGCACCGGGUACCGGGGAGGAGAUAGGGUUCAAGAGGAUCUUGGUUUACUACGAAGGUCGAAAAGGGGAUGCCCGCAGGACGGACUUCGUGAUGCACGAAUAUUACCUAAAUUCGAAUGUUUCGAAUAGUGAAAUUCCCCGCCCGAUGGAAUUUGUCCUGUGUCGCAUAACAAACAGGAAAUGUGAAAAAGCAGGAUCGGGGUCAGCAAUUAUGAGUACGAGGGCCAAUCUAACCAGUCCUACUAGUAUUGUUAAUAAUUCUGACAAUGAAGGAGCACAAGAUAUUAGCGCACAGGCAUCUCUAGCAGUGACUGUUGAACCCGAAAGUUCCAACCAUACUACGUUGGAUUAUGAUUUACCAGAUUGCAAUGCAUCUGUUCCUCGGCGGCCCGACAUGCUUGGAAUGGAAAGCUCACUGUGCAAUGAUAAUUGGCUUGUUGACGGAACUAGUGAUGAACAUGAUGUGCCAUGUUCUCCAAGGGAUGACGUUAUUUAUCUCUCUGAUAUCUGGAGCUUCAACUAGCACAGGCUGGCGUGCCUUAUCGUCACGUGUAUAGAACAGCAUGGCCACUUGCUGGCCUUAUUGCAAGUCAUACUAUGGGAAGAGAUUAUGGUGUAGAUAUUAAUUGUUACUAAGGAUUGCCAGUGUUUUGCUACUCUAUAAUGUUUCAGUGUUUUUUUAUCAUGUUCCAGUGAAAAUUCUCAAUCGUGUAUAAGCUUUGUAUUAUUAACUUGACCUCUCACUC